UGAUUUUCUUUAUUUACAUAAAUUACUUAUUUUUUUUCCCUCGAAACAGUAUGCAGCUGGAAUUGUGAAGUGAUCAAAUCCUCGUUCAUUCCUCGUACAGUUCUACCGAAAACCCUAAUUCGUUUCGUCGAUUGAUUGCAAUUAGGUCUUGAAGUUCCGAAGGUAGGGUUCUGCGCCACGUUAAUGGCGGAAACUACCAGUAGAGAGGAGACCACAUUUGACGCCAAGCGUAAACCUGACCCCUGCUGCGAAGCAAAAGAGGAGCAUUCGAACAAAAUUCAAAAGCUCGAAGUGGUUAAGGACGAAUCUUGCCAUGAUGUGAAGAAAAGUGAGAAUGGAGACCAUAAGCGGAGUGAUGAACACAUUGAUGACGAUUCUUUGGCUGCCGAAGGGAAAGACGGUGAAGUUGGAGCUGGUGUAGAUGCGGGAGAAGCAGAUGACGAGGAAGACGAUGAGGAAGAUUACGAGGAUGAGAAUGACGAAGUGGACGAAGAGGAAGACGCCAGUGAAGCAGUCGAGGAUCGUAAGGGGAAGGGCAUCGUGAAGGAUGACAAAGGAAAAGGGAAAUUGAUAGAGGAAGACGACGACGACGACGACGAAGAUUCCAGUGACGGUGGAAGCGAGUUGGGCUCUGAAGAGAGCGAUUUGUCGGAUGAUCCGCUCACGGAGGUCGAUUUGGACAAUAUCCUUCCUUCAAGGACGCGGAGGCGGACGGUUCAUCCUGGAGUUUAUUUUGCUAAAGAUCUGGGGAACGAUGACGAUGAUAGCAGUGAUAGCGAUGCUUGAAAGCAGGAAGGUCAGUAAAACUCCGCAAUCGAACCUUGAAGUCAGUAGAAGUUGUAUGAGUUAAUAUUUCUCACUUUAUCUUCUUUAGGGAUAAUGCAGCAAUGUAAUGAGUUUCCCCCAUAUAAAUUGAUUUUGAAGGUUACAUGUUUUUUCCCACUUUGAUAUCCAAGCUUUGAGGAUUGCCUGCA